AUGAAAGCCCACGCCAGCUCAUGGCGGACCACGCUCAGCCUUACCCUGACCAUAUCAAUGCUGGCCCCUUUCCCGUCCUCCUCGAGGUUCGCUCGGGCCGGACGAGCGGGCAAGGCGAACACGUUCGAGAUCGUUGGCGAGACGGGGUAAGUCCUCAAGGUGGAGGAGCGGAUGAGUAUCGUAUAUGUUCUGGCUGAUGAGUUCUUCUGAGCGGUGGAACGUAGAGCAAGCGCUCAACAACUCUUUUUGGGGGUGAGUCACGGGGGGGGGACCGAGCUCGCUGCCCGAUGUUUCCGGUCACGAAGGUGGAAAGGGGGAGUGAUGUUCAGUCAACUGAUCUGGAAGGCCUCCUCGUAAUGGUGUACUACAGACUCCGAACAAGGUGAAUUAGAUUGAUCGGGAUAAGUGUGGUACUCUUUUGUGCUGAUUCAUCUUUCUGUUCGCGUACGUUCUCGCUGCAGGUCUAUAUCGUCGACAAAACGGAAAACAAUAGUAAGUCGCAGCCUGCAUUUGUUCGUGAUCAGUGACCUUGGACCUGGCUCAUUUUCGUUCAUCCCUUUUCAGCCGCACAGGUCGCAGGACAUGCUGCUGUGAGUAGGGAUGAUCGACCAUCUUCUGGCCUGCGGUGGGCUGCUGAUGCCCGACCCCUAGCUCUCCUCAGUGGGCCGUCGAAUACGACAUCCUCAAGAACACCUACCGUCCCCUUGACGUGAUCACCAACUCCUUUUGCGCGGGCGGUAACUCUCUCGGCAACGGUUCCUGGAUCAACCUCGGUGGGAACCAAGCCAUCACCACCGGGGGGACGAACACGUCCGAUGGAACGGGGGCUUAUAAAGAUUAUGCGGGGGGUAGGACGGUAAGGAUCUUGACGCCUUCGGAUGAUGGGGGGGCGGAAUGGUACGAGGACAAGUAUGGGAUGCCGGUCAAUCGGUGGUAUCCUUAUAUUGAAACCCUCGAGACGGGAGAUGUUGUGAUUUUUGGAGGUGAGUUGGAGAACGGUCUGCUGGUUCUUGGUCGUGGCCCCUGACAGCCAUGGGCUAAGUUCUUUCCAGGUGAACUUUACGGCGGCUUCGUAAAUGACGUUGGCGGGCAUCAGAACGUUCCCACCUAGUCAGUACUCCCUCCUCCUUGACCCUCAGAGUAUGGCAGGACAUGCACUCACAGCUCCCUCCUCAACAGUGAGUAUUGGCCGUCGCGAGGCGCGCCCGUCAACUCGACCUUCUUGGCCACAACCCAGCCGGCCAACCUGUACCCUCUCAGCUUCCUCCUUUCGAAUGGUCUCAUCUUCAUGCAAGCGAGUUGGAAAGCCCAGCUUCUCAACCACAGCUCGGGUGCAGAAACCCCUCUCUCCGACAUCCUCUUUGCGCAAAAGACCUACCCCGCUUCAGGAGCAACGGCGAUGUUGCCCUUGACCGUGGCGAACGAUUAUAAGAUCACGCUCUUGUUCUGCGGUGGGAUGAAACCCGAGCGUGAUGAUUGGAACAAGGAUUUGUGGCCCAUCAUCGACACCGACACUUCGUCUUCGUGCGUGUUCAUCAACCCCGAAGAUGGGCCUGGAGCGACUUGGCAAAUCGACGACGACCUGCCUCAAAACCGAGGUAUGGGCAACUUUAUCAUCUUGCCCGACGAGCGACUCUUGCUCUUGAACGGCGUCGGCAAAGGUUCGGCUGGAUACGCCACCGAUGUCAAAUGGACGAUCGGGCAAUCGUUUGCUCAAGAUCCAGUCUACCAACCCGCUUACUACAACGCGAGCGCACCCCCCGGAACUCGCUUCAUGACCGCCGGUCUACCCCGUUCGACCAUCGCUCGCAUGUACCAUUCCUCCGCGACCCUCUUAGCCGAUGGGUCCGUUUUCCUCGCCGGAAGUAACCCCAACGCCGACGUCAUUACCGAAUUCAACAACGCUUCUUACCCAUACAAGACCGAGUACCGCGCUGAGAUCUUCUACCCUUCUUACUACGACCAACCUCGUCCCGUCCCUUCCAAAGUCCCCACAACGAUCUCGUACGGUGGAACGCCAUUCGAAUUCGAUCUCCCCGCUUCUUCGCUCAACGGCGUCUCACCAGCCAAGAUCAAGAUCUCCGUCAUCCGAACGGGUUUCUCGACUCAUUCCAUGAACAUGGGGAUGAAAUCCAUUCAACUCCGUCACUCCUACACCACCCAUCCAAACGGUUCAGCAACGAUCUACGUCGCUCAGAUGAAACCCAACCCGAGGUUAUUCCAACCCGGUCCGGCGCUCUUCUUCGUCACUGUUGAUGGGGUUCCGAGCGUGGGCACACCGGUGAUGGUGGGGAAUGGCAAGUUGGGCGUGCAACCGCUCUUGCCGGAGUCGGUUUUGCCCGCCGGGAGUAUUCUUGGGAGUGGAUCGCCCGGAUCGUCGCCGCAUACACCGGGCAAGUCGAUCAUGUUCAAUGUCCCUAUUGCUCCUCCGCGUUCGUCGGUCAGCUCGGCCUCGACGGUCGGUAGCAAAGGGUUCACGGGUGCGGCGUUCGCCACCACCCUAGUGUUCGGUAUUGCAGGCAUGCUUCUGGUUUGA